GUGGCUAUGUCUGCUACAUUGGACAUUCAAAAUAAAAAUAAAAUUAGUUCAUUAGUCAGAACACGUAACUUGCACUGCACGACCUUUUCUGAUUCUUGCAUUUUCUAUUUAAGUUUGGAAGCAUAAGCCAUAUUUUGAUACCCUUCUUCAAUCUCCACAAAUAAAUUCAUUAUUAUAAUUUUAUCUGAAUUUAUCAGUCACCAAAUGAAUCCUGAUACUACCAAAGCUAUUCGACAAAUCUCAAAAUGCACCAUCAAACCACACCAAGUCACGGGAGAAUCAAAACGACCAACCUAUUUGACUCCAUAUGAUCUAUCCUUUUUCAAUUUUCAGUACAUUCAAAAGGGUCUUCUCUUUCGGAAACCCGUGCCUUCAUUAGAAGAUCCAACCCCAACCAUUACCUUCAUCCAUCAGCUUAAGCAUUCUCUGUCAAUGACAUUAACUCAUUACUACCCUCUUGCAGGUCGUAUGGUGACACAAAAGCAAGAAAAUCCACCAUUUUAUGGAAUUUAUGUAGACUCCAGCAAUGACUCUGUAGGAGCUGAGUUCGUUCAUGCUGCUGUAGACAUAACUAUGAUGGAUAUUCUUACCCCAACCGAUGUGCCUCUAAUCGUCCAAUCAUUUUUUGCUCUUGACGGAGCUAUUUGCCAUGACGGACACACCGAGCCUUUGUUGGUGGUACAGGUGACAGAGUUACUGGACGGCAUUUUUGUGGGAUGCACUUUUAACCAUGUUGUAGGUGAUGGGACUUCUUACUGGAAAUUCUUUCAUGCAUUUGCAGAAAUCACUAGGAACCUAAGAAAAGCAGGCAAACAUGACGGCAGUAUUUCUUGUACACCUAUUACUAAACGCUGGUUUUUGGAGGAAAACGGAGAUCCAUUCCUCAUCAACCUUCCAUUCUCUGACCAUAAAGAAUUCAUCGAAGAACGAUAUGAACGACCACUUCUCAGAGAGAGAAUGUUCCAUUUCACUGAAGAAUCAUUGGCAAAACUCAAAGCUAAAGCCAAUGAAGAAUGUAACGCAAAACAUGUUCAAAUCUCUUCUUUUCAAGCCAUAUGUGCUCUUGUAUGGAGGUCAAUAACACGGACACGCCAUCUUAAUUCCGAUAGAAUAACAAGCUGCAGGUUACCAAUUGAUGAUAGAUUGAGAUUGAACCCACCUCUUUCUGGAAACUACUUUGGUAAUUGCGUUCAAUCAGUUUCUGGGACUACAACUGUUGGGGAGCUAUUACAGCAUGGUAAUGGAUGGGCGGCAUUGCUUUUGCACGAGGCUAUAAAGGAACAUACCGAUGCGAAGAUCCGAGGAUUGAGAGGGGAGUGGAUGAAGAAACCACGUAUAAACCAGACUAGGCCGAUUUUUGAUCCGGCUAAUGUAAUGAUGGGAAGUUCACCUAGAUUUGACGCUUAUGGUUGUGAUUUUGGGCUGGGAACGGCAGUGGCUGCACGUUGCGGAUUUAAUAAUAAAUUCGAUGGCAAGGUGACAUCAUACCGUGGUCUAACAGGGAUAGGAAGUGUGCUGCUCGAGGUUUGUCUUCCACCUGAAUCAAUGAGUGCACUUGAAUCUGAUGAAGAAUUCAUGGGUGCUGUAUCUCCUCAUGAAAUUCAUUGGCAAUACCUUCCUUAUGUUUGAUUAGCUUAGGUAGUGGUGCCACGCUGCCAUUGUGUUUCAGCCUAGUCAACAGGAUGAACGAAAACAAAAGGAAAUAAAGAAUCAGAAAUUCCAAUGAGCAUCAUUUGCAUUAUGUAAGCGAGUACGUUUGCAUUAAGACUUUUAGCUUUUGAAGUUACUUUCUGUGAUUUGUGUUUUACGUUUUGUAAUUGAAGAAGUUAAACAGGCAUCACCAACCAACCACCAUAGACUGGGUAUUGUGUAUUCAUUGUUUAAUUGAUCAAAGACUUAUUGCCAGAA